CGACACAUGUCAUGGUAGAACUACUCUUCCCAUCAUGCUCAGUGUACCCAGGAUGAUAAAUGGAGUGUUGAUUCAUCGUUCCGCUCGACUCGCCCACACAAGCCAUCCAAUUCUCUCCCAGUGGUCGCAUCCUGCCUGCCUGCCUGCUUUAGUGCUACCGUUAGCUAACCAAUAGGGGAGUAGCAAGUCAUUCUUACUGACCAAAACCUGUUAUUUUCCUCUCGGUAGUAUGUGUUUUUUUAGAAUAUGUUUUUAGAAAAAUGAAUUUGCAUUUUUCUCGCGCCAAUGCUACUUCUGUGACGCACAGUUUCCUCUUGAAAGUCUGAUUUUUCUCUCCGACCUCGGUAGCUGUUCGGGUUUAGCAGUCAGGUCGUUUUGACAAGCGAGAGGCUCAUCUGUCCUCCGCUGCUGCUGCUGCUGCUCUGACUGGGGGGGGGGGGAGGAUUUGGACAAAGCCAGUCAGAUGUUGGACUGUAAUCAUAUCCUCGAAACUCUUCUACACCCUGUUUUUGACUUAAAUGAUCAAGCUGAUCAUUAAUCGUGAAAGAACCCGGAAUAAGGGGAGGAGCGAGGUCUAUUUUUGGAGGGUGAGAGUUUGGAUCUCGCACUGAAGGAAGGAAAGGGAGAAGGGGGUGCGCGGAGGAGGAAGACCCGCAGAGAAGAAGGGACCUUUAGGGAGAGAAAAUCCUGAUGCCAGUGAUGGCAAACGAGCCGAUCAUCCUGAACGUUUAUGAUAUGUACUGGAUCAAUGAGUUUACCAGCUCUCUAGGCAUUGGUGUCUUCCACUCAGGGAUUGAGAUCUAUGGCAGAGAGUUUGCCUAUGGAGGACAUCCAUACCCAUUCUCAGGGAUCUUUGAGAUCACACCAGGUGAAGCAACUGAACUUGGCGAGACCUUUAAGUUCAAAGAAGCCAUUGUGUUGGGCAGUACAGACUUCACAGAGGAAGAUGUGGAGCGGAUCGUGGAGGAGAUGGGGAAGGAGUACAAAGGAAACGCCUACCACCUCAUGCACAAAAACUGCAACCACUUCUCCUCAGCACUGUCAGAGAUCCUGUGCGGCAGGGAGAUCCCUCGCUGGGUAAACCGCCUGGCCUACUUCAGCUCCUGUGUGCCCUUCCUGCAGAGCUGCCUGCCCAAAGAGUGGCUGACCCCUGCUGCCUUACAGUCCAGCGUCAGCCAGGAGCUGCACGGAGCAGGAGAGCUGGAGGAGGCCGAGGACGCCGCCGCCACUGCCUCCCUGGCAUCCAUGUCACCCUGCUCGCCUUCGUCCUCCUCGAGCCCCACGUCCUUCCCCCGUCACUCCAGACACCAGCCUCGCCGGUAGAAGCUGCUAGGGGCUGCUGGAAAACGUAGGGGCUGGAAUUGUGAUCACAGAGAGACUGUAAGGUAGCAGAAAACUUGCAAGAAGGAAGCGUCUCAAUUUGCCAGAAGUCCUGUUUAAGUGUCUUCGAGCAAGGCACUGAACUGCUGCCGGUUCCUGGUUCAUCUGUAAGACCCCUCAGAGAUGAAGAGGGACUUUUCCUACUGACAGAAACGGGACCAUCUCGCAGUGAACAUGGCUGCUGGAUUCUGAUAUCACACCUAAAAUCAAGACUAGUUCCCCACAAAUCACUUUCAUUAUCUUACCAGGCAGACCACAGUGUUGAAAGGAAGCAAGGAUGGUUGUCUGCUCUCUACUCUUUUUAUAAUCUAGGAAAUCUACCAGCCACAUGCAGAUUUUACUGGCAGCUAGUUGAUGGAUGGUGCUAACAUUUCUGUUUGAGUCAGUCUGUAAACAUGACUCCAAGCCAAGGGAGUGAACUUUAAUUUGGCGGAGGAAUCCUGUAUGUGUCCAAAACCUACCAACUACAGUGUAUCAUAUAGUGUUCAGCUCAUGAUUAAAGGUGGAAAUAUUUAUGUUUUAAAAAAUAUGGUUAUUGAUUUGGACUUUUUAGUUUAGUGUUUGUCCUUUCUCUUAUAAAAUGCAAGCUAGUUAAACCUCUCCAGGCUUCUAAGUUUAUCAUGAAAACCCUGACUGGGUCUCUUAAAUGUAGCAAUCUUCUGAUAGUAACCUUUAUUACAUCGCUAAUGCAGCUAUACUGCACAAACCAAUGCAACAGACACAGAAAAAUGCCCCUGUUUUUCUGUUGUGAAGUUAAAAUGCCUUAUGGGGUAUUUCCAGUAUGAGGUCAUUGCAGAGAAUGUAGUGGGCAAAAAAACACUACUGCAUUGAUCUGUCCUAUCAGUAAUGGUAGCCCUAGUUUAUAUUAAUUGCAGUUUGAAAUCAUCACUAGCCAAGUGCUGGUUUUAUUUCACAUGUGGCUGGUAAUGUUUCUUCUCCAGCCUACUGUAUGUGGUUAGCUGGUGAGAUACUGAAAGCAGCAGGUGGAGUCUGGACUCUAUAGACGUUGCCUCGUAAUGCUGUGUGUGCAUCACAGGAACUCAGCCUUUUGACUCUUUCUCUUUUUUCUCUCACAGCAGACUGGACAUCCUUAAAGACUACUAUCAGCCUCACUUUCGCCAAACUUGAUGUAAAAAAAAAAAAAAAAAACAGACCCAGCACCAGUUUCUUAAAUGUGUGCAAAGCAUUUGACACCCUGUGGAUAGGUUGGUUUCUGUUCAUGUUUGUCUUUUGAGUCUUUUUCUUUGUCCUCUUUUUAUGUCUGUUGUGUUUCAGCAGUUUUAUCUGUAAAAACAAUCCUACCUGCAUCAGCCCCAACUGUAUUAGUUAUGGCACAGAAGCAGAUAUUUCCAAGCUAAUAACACAUUUAGUUACAUUUUUCAACAUUUAGAUAAUGUGGCAAGCUGUGACUUUUGGAGGAUAAUGUGACAACAUUUUGUUUCCAGAAAACUGUCUGUUUAAAUCCGGAGCAAAAGAGGAUGUUUUUUUUUUCUCUGUAGCAACUGCCAUUGUGCCUUUGAGCAAGAUACAUUAAGAACCAGUGUGUAAGAUCAAGAGAAGUCUAUAGGCAGAAGUACAGUCUUUGAAAUCACAUUUCAUUUAUUUAUCAUUAUCUGGAAAUUUCAUGUUGCGCUCAUGAAGAGAGGGCGGGGAGGGGGUCUCACACACAGAGAUAUGCACAGCACAGCCUUUCAUGGACAAACCCUUGUUCCAGAGAGGGCCUUCAACAAAGCGUAAAUACUGAACCCUCCAGGAAGUUAAUGACGUCAGACUCAGACUCACUUCAAAGUCUGUGAGUGUGUGAGAGUGUAGACUUUUGGAUUGGGCCUUUUAAGAGUCCAUCAGUUGGCUGUGGCUUUCAGCCUCUCACUAAAUCUUACAAACUGCUUUUUAAACCUAGAAGUGCUCCAAGACUGUAGCUGUACUGGACUGCUCCUAGUUUUCAGUGUGCUUGUCUUUGUUACUAUAGUUGAGUAGUCCUGGUGAAGAUCAGAUAGUUGAAGUUCAUGAUUCAGCCCAUAUUGGUCUGUACGAUACGUGAGAAGAUUUAACAUUUAAUGCAAAGGACGGGACUGGAGGAGCAUCUUUAACUGACCUGUCACCAUGAGCAAGCAUCCUCAUGGUCACUUUCCUUACAUUGGUGUCAAUUCAGAGAUCAGAAGUGUUUCAUUUUAAGAGCUCACACACUGUUUUUUAUCAAUCUUGAAUCACUCAACCAUCAUCUACUACCAUGACAAGUCCUUGUAUCAUCUUAAAUCUGCUGAGGAUGGUUUUUACACUUUUCAAGACAAAGCUGCUUUUCCUCUAUGAUGAGCACCUCACUGAAACUCUUUACAUGCUGUCAACAACAACAGAUAUACUGCAGAGUGUGUGACAUCCCAAAAGAGAGCCAUGGAUGGUUUGAAACAAUCGUUUUUACCUGUUUAGCUUGUAGCCUCAGAUCAGACUACAGGCAGGAAAACUGUCAGUCAUGGUGAACACGGUCUUUUGUUUGAUCUUUUUACCCUUCAAAGUGUUUCUCUGUUACAUGGACUCUGGCCUUUUUGUCUGUUUUAUGUUGGAUAAACUCAGGACCCUUAAAGGCUUUGUAAAAUAAUCCUUUUACCUUUUUUUACCCCACAUUUCAUUUGUGUUUCUGUUACUUUUUCUAAUGCAGUAGUCACUCCACAGAGCUUUUUUCAACAGCACACUGUGGCAGUGCACUUUUAUACUUCACUCUUUGAUAUAAAAAAGAGCUUUUGUUUACAACCUGGAUGUUUGUAUGUGAGCCUGUGCUGCUCUUUAUGUUUUUUUUCCUGAUUGUGCAUGAAUGUGUGAGUGUCUGCACACACUCGUAUUAUAAAUGGUUUCAACAACCUGCCAACUGGGCCAACUUGCCUGACAUCAAACACACACUCACACUCACACACACAAGAAGAACACUUUUAUCAGAUGUAGCAGCAUUUCAUAGGUUUUCGUGGGGACAAACAAUUGCUGCCUCUCCGGGAUAUAGGGUUUUCAUAAGACCAAGUAAACUUUCUGUCCUCAGGCUACAUUUCGAUAUUUUCAGUAACAAUAUUCGGGCACUCCGGUAGAAAAAAAAAAGAUCUCAACUUCUGAUUAAAUUUUCUUUCACAACUUUAUUUCCUACUAGAUGAACACAACAGAUGCAGCGUCACAGCAUGACGCACGACAGCAACGAUGACAUUUCUUGUGAAACCAGCACGUUUAUGUAAUUUAGAGUGACAGGUUUCAAGUGGGAGUAUUAUGGACUUAAUUUUAUCUUACACUUGUGUUUCAGAAAGUUUGAAUAAGAGUCAUAUUUAUUUUGAAUGCACUGCUACAAACUGACACUCACAUACUGCUCUUAUUGGCGCCCUCUGCUGGCUAUUAAUUGAACUGUUACCUGUCUAUCACUGAGGUUUCCCUUCUACAGAAAACCUAAGAAGACAUGCAUCCACUCCUUUUUUUCUUCUUCCCUUUGUUUUGCCAUGAUGAAGAAAUCUCAUCUCAUCAUUUUGAAAUCUCAACUAAAUGAUCACAAUGCUAAAGCACAUAACACAUAUGGCACUGUAGGCAGUAUGGCUUGUCAUGGUCUUGCCAAUCAGAGUGAUUAACUAUUGUUUAUUUGUCAUAGAUUCCUGGCAAAUGAUCAAGAGAAAACAAACUUUGUUAUUUUUGGAUAAUCUGUUGUGAUAGAAAAAUGAGUCACAUUUUGAAUUGACUCGUUAUCACAGCAUAAUGAAGUUAAUAAAUAUAUGGAUGCAUGUCUGCUUAGGGCUUCCACAGCCUCCGCUUUCUUCACAUCAAAUACUGUCCUACUGUUGUAAGGUUAUUUGUGUUUAUUCUCAAGCAAACCACAAGAUCAUCAAACAUUAGUUAUCCCACAGAUUUGGAUUUUACAAUAAAUGCCUCUUGAAGGUUACUUUACGUUCAUCUCAACAACAAAAAACACCAUCCAUCACCAUAACUAAGGCCAAAGAUAGCUAGAACUCCACCAACCUGCACUCUUGUUUUUAGUUGCCAUUAAAUUAUCUUCACUUUUUGGAAUGUCUCAUGUUUAAUCCUGUUAUUCCUCUGUUAAAUAUGUUCUUUUUAUAGUCAAAAAUGUACUUUGUUUUCAAGACAUUUGAUCCUCUUGUGUGAGCUGUAAGCGUUGAUGGGGAAAUCUCAGUCAUCAUACACCAGAAAAACUGACCACAUCUGUUUUACAUACAACUUCCACAGAGCCUUCAGAGGAGUGGAGCCAAUUUGUACCCUGUUAUAAAGUUAAUAAAGAAAAGUAUACAA